UGGAAGUGUAAAGGAACUUUGAUGCGCCCAGUUUAAACAGCUCAUUUGCACAAUUGGAGACUUCAGAAGGAUACCAGAGUAAGGAAAGAGUUUAGUGUUUAGUUUUAUUGGUGUCAAGGAUAGCGCUGGAGGAUGUUUGUUGCAGAAUUUGACUGCAGAGUCACAGUGUAAUGGAGAGUUUGCAAGAAACUUUUGUUGACAGAUGAAAGCAGUCAGUAUUGGAUCUGACAGAAGCUACAUCGCAAACUUAAUCCUGCACAGUGCUCUGCACACACGUCUGUGUUGUUGUAACUUGUACGAGCGCAUGUCAGCACCUGAAGAUAUUUACUCAGCACUUCAUUGUGCAGUGAGAUGGAGGCGCUGCUGAAGAGAGAGUUGGGCACGUCUGUUCUGAAGAGCACUGGUCAUUCAGGAGGAGGAUGCAUCAGUGAAGGCCAGAGCUUUGACACUGACACUGGAAGAGUGUUCGUCAAGAUCAACCACAAGAGCGAGGCUAGGAGGAUGUUUGUUGGAGAGAUGGCAAGCUUGGAAGCGAUCCUGUCCACAAACACAGUGAAAGUGCCCAAGCCUGUGAAGGUCUUGGACCUCGAGAGAAGUGGAGCUCUUCUCGUAAUGGAGCAUGUGGAUAUGAGGAGCCUUAAUAAAUACUCAUCAAAACUGGGGGAACAACUAGCUGACCUGCAUCUUUACAACAAGAGACAGAUAGAGCAACAAAACAAGGAGCAGCAGACUGUUGGGAAAGGAUCGGGACAGUCUGAGGUUGAAAUAGCCAACAGGUUUGGGUUUCACGUGAAUACAUGCUGUGGUUAUAUCCCUCAGGUAAAUGACUGGCAGGAUGAUUGGGUGUCCUUUUACUCCCAGCAAAGGCUGCAGCACCAGCUCAGCUUGGUGGAGCAGUCGUACGGAGACAGAGAGGCCAGGGAAUUGUGGGCCAAACUCCAACUUAAGAUUCCUCAGCUGUUCACAGACAUAGAAGUGGUUCCAGCUCUGCUUCAUGGAGACCUCUGGGGAGGAAAUGUGGCUGAAUGUUCUGAUGGUCCCAUCAUCUUUGACCCAGCAUCGUUUUAUGGCCAUUCGGAGUUCGAGCUGGCUAUUUCCGGCAUGUUUGGUGGUUUUGGGAGCUCAUUUUACAAUGCUUACCAUGAGAAGAUCCCCAAGACCGCUGGGUUUGCAAAAAGGCAACAAUUAUACCAGCUGUUCCACUAUCUGAACCACUGGAAUCAUUUUGGUCAGAGUUACAGGGGCUCUUCUCUACGGAUCAUGAAGGAUCUAACAAAGUAGAUGCUCUCUAUUACACAAUCUCUCUCAAUUCUUCAUUUAUGAAGGUGGAUGAUAAACUAACCCAAAGUUAGUCACACACUUUGAAUCUAACAUUACCAGUUUGAUGGAAAUGCAUUGUCUUAAAACUAAAUAGAUAGAUAUAUUUUAAAAGAUAAAACUGUGAAUACAUGCGUUUCCAUGCAAUGGCCAAAAAAUAAGUUGCUUAAAAUGCAUCAUUCCCUUUUGCGAAUUGCACUUUAACUUGACUGCAUAAAUAUGCUUUUGAAGAGAACCUCUUUUACAAUACUCCUUGAUUUAAAAUGUGCAUUAUAUGAUAACAAAAAGUUGCAUUUCACUACAGUACACUGUUACUUUAACUAUUAACCUAUUGAUGUUUAAAACAUCUGAAUAGGGUUUAUUUAAAGAGCUAGUGAUCUUGCGGUACUGUAACAUUUCAGCUUGCAUAAGUAACAGGAUGCACAAAGGAUGUAUGAACAUUCAAAUAAAACUUUAAAAAUAA